AUGAGCUUGAGGUUGCCCCGACUUGCUCUAAUUUUGGCGCGGCACGCACACUCGGGGACCCUUCCCCCUCCACCGCAGCUUUUCAAGCUCGAGAACGCGUCGGACAGCGCAACAGCGCGAGCAUGGAUCGACAAGUUCAAGGCUCAGGAGAUACCCAAGAGUCUCGUCGAAUUUACAUUCUCUCGUAGCUCUGGACCAGGGGGACAGAAUGUCAACAAGGUGAACACCAAGGCUACCCUCAGAUGUCCUCUGAAUUCCUCCUGGAUACCUCCAUGGGCUCGGGACUACAUCAAGAAGACUCCAUCCUAUGUAUCGUCUGCGCAGUGCAUCCAAAUCACCUCAACCGUCUAUCGGUCUCAAGCUCAGAACGUGCAAGACUGUCUCACCAAGCUCUGUUCUCUCGUCGUUGACGCAGCCUCUGCCUCAAUCGUAAAUGAAGCAUCAGAAGAGCAGAAAGAGCGCGUGCGCCGUCAUCAGCGAGCGGAGAAAGCUAAGCGCAAAAUCGACAAAGCAAAGCGUAGUGAAGUCAAGAGAGGUCGGAAAGGCUCUUGGGAAUAA